AUGCACAAGAUAUCCAACUUCACGGGCCAAGCUCGACACGGCUGGGAAAAGAUGGCUCCGUCCGCCGGCUUCCCGUUCUCGAGAUCCAACCACGAGAUGCCCGUCACCGCGCCCAUCAAGCGCCCGUCCACGGCCACGUCGGCGCCGCCCGUCAUCCCGCCCGGCACGCAGGUCAAUCUGUCCUUCAACGUGCCCUUUGCCUCCAACCUGGCCGGCCCCGACGUCGACGACAUCAUGUACGCCAGCCCCGGGGCCAAGGCGCGGUGGACCUUCCCGGAAGGCACGGCUGAGGGCACCCCGGUGCACAAGCUGCCCGUCCACGCUCAGAACGUCGAGAACCUGCGCCUCAUGUGCCGCGAGGUCCAGGAGCAGACCGAGGGGCGCGUGGCCGCCGCCGUCGUGUCGGCCGAGUCCAAGCCGCUACCCGGCCUGCAGCGGGGGCCGCUGCGCGCGCUCGUCACAAACGUCUGCUUGUCCGGCGAGCUGGAGAUCGUGAACCAGAUGCGGUGCAAGGUGCUCAACUCGACGCCCAUCUCACUGCGGUCGUCCUUCGUCGACAUCGACUCUGAUCUCAUCAUUGACCGCACCUCGCAGCAUGUCAAGGGCCCCGUGCUCAACCAGCUGGACCUCAUUGCGAAGACGACCAAAGCUGACAUCUUUGUGCUGAUGCCCAAGCAGCCCGACAUUGAGUCCGCCAGCUUCAACGGCAACCUCGAGACUGGCAUGGACUCGCGUCUCCGCUGCGCCAUCUACGGCGACAUGGAGACCAUGGAGCACGCGAAGACUCGCGUGCUCAUCAUGAUCGACCAGAUCCUCAAGCGAUACGUGGAUACGAUGAAGCUGGAGCUGACCAUGCAUACGCUCAUCUGCGGGCGAGGACGCAAGAACAUCAAGUUGAUCGAGUCUGCCACAGGAACCGCCAUCUACUUUCCGCCGCCAUUCCCCCGCCUUUUCGGCUAUACCCCGGCCGGCGCACAGCGUCGUCCUGAUGACUUGAUCUACAUUACUGGUGAGAACUCAGAAUGCAUCUUGAGAGCCAAGCAGCGUCUUCAUGACCUGGUCAUGUCGACCAAGGUCUUUGUAAAGCCCGUCAUGGUCACGGACACAAAGCUCGAUGCCAUUCUGCUCGAACGUCUCGACAAGGUGCGCAAGAUCAUCGAGAACAACGGGUCCUAUAUCCUCUUGCCCCCAUUGGGCAUGCAACGCGGCGUCGUCCGUGUUCAGGGCACCGAUGUUCUCCAUGUCGAGCGCACUGUGCGCGAGUUGAUGGCUCUUGCUGGCCAAUUCUACAGUGCCUCGUGGUUCAUUACUCACCCUGACCCUUCGCAGCGCCCUCCUACGGCUGCUGAUGUGCGUGCCAUGCUCUCGGAUAUCUGCAUAAACUCUGGCGCAGAAAUCAGCUUCGAGAAGCUGAACUUCCACAUCUACGGCUCCGACGAUGCUGUCAAAGCCGCAAUGAUGGUGAUCAACAACAUUCCGUUUGUGAAAAAAUCGCAGUACAACAUGAGCGUGAAGAUUGAGCUCGCCAACGAACACAAAGAGUUCGUCAGUGGCAAGAAGAACGGAAAGAUCAACAAGAUCAUGAGCCACAGCAGCGUCCAGAUUGUCUUUGAUGGCUUCAACGAGUACAACUUCUACAUCGUUGUUCGCGGUGCUCAGUAUGACGCUACCAAGAACGGUCUAGAUCUUGUCGAGCAGGAGAUGCCUGCCGCAAUCUCCUUCCACGUUCCCGACCAAUACCAUAAGCGUAUCAUUGGCAUUGGCGGUCAACACAUCCAGCGCAUCAUGAAGAAGUACUCAGUAUUUGUGAAGUUCUCUAACGCUAUGGACCGCGGGGGCUUUGGCAAGGAAGAAGAUGACAUCAAGGUUGACAACGUCAUCUGCCGUACCCCGGCUCGCAAUGCUCAGAAUCUCGAUCUGGUCAAGCAAGAAAUCAUGGACAUGGUGGAGAAGGCUGAUGCCGAGUUCGUCUCUGAGACUAUCAACAUCAACCGUUUGUACCAUCGCGAGCUCAUUGCCCGCUUGGACAAGAUCGAUGAGCUUGAGAAGAAGUUCAACUGCAAGAUCACGUUUCCAAGCACCGAAGAAGCAAGCGACAUCGUCACUGUCUCUGGCCCUGAAUACCAGGUGCCACUGGCAGUUGAUGAGUUUUUGGGUAUGGUUCCUGAGACUCACGAUCUCGCCUUCCCUGCUUCCAAGGAGCUUGGCGAACACCUGCGUUCUGCGGACUUCAAGACUGACGUUCUCGAUAAGCUCAGGGAUCAACAUGUUGUUGAAGCUCAUGUCAAAGAAACCCAGACUGAGACUGCUGAAGACGGCAAGGAACAACAGAUCGAGACACUUCACCUCAGCUUCACCAGAAACAACGCUGGUGGUCUCAAGGAUGCCCUUGACUUCUUGAUCAACAACCUCGUCAUGCACGGUCUCGAUACCAACACUAUCCGCGGAGCCCUUCCUCGACCCAAGUCUGAUUCGUUCGAGGAGUCUUUGCCCUUCUUUGAAUCCAAGCUGCUUCAGCGUGCCGAGCCACCCGUUGAUAGCACUGAUUCGCCCACUCGUUCUCACUUCGGUGAUGAAGAGCGCCCCGGCAUGUUGGAUCGUCUCCGCAAACCGGGCAGCAUGUCUUCCUUCACUUCCCUGUUCAACUCGCGCAGAAACGGGACUAACUCCCCGGGCUCUCUCUUCAAGCAUGCUUCUAGCAACGCUUCGAAAGCCUCUCUUGCCAGUCUUGAAUCCCAGGGCAGUGGCUACCGCAACCCUUGGAACGACAGCGGCAUCAACCUUGCGGACGACGAACACCAUACUAACAGUUGGCCGAUGCCAACGCCGCGAUUUGAAAGCAAGUUUCCCUUUGGGGCGUCCUCGGCGGCGCCUGGAGACGUGACGCCCCGGUAUGACCCGAGGGCGUCGGUCGACAGUGGGCGCCCCUCUACUUCUCAUUCUGCAUCUGGAUACCCGGGCCCUAUUGGCCCUCCUCGUUAA